UCUAGCCAAUAAAUCAAAUAUUGAAUCAAGUUCAGCUAAUAAUUUAAACAUUAAAUCAAGUUCUACCAAUAAAUCGAACAUUAAAUCAAGACCAGUAAAUAAAUUAAGUGUUGAAUUAAAUAAUAGAUCAGAUAGUCUCAUUCAUAGCAAAAUCAUGUGUGAUAAUAGUAAAACACCUAAUUAUGAUAAUUAUAACAUUGAUGAUAAUUACAAUAGCAAUGAUAAUUAUAGUAAUGAUGAAAAUGAUGCAAUAACAAAUAAAGAAUCUAUUAUUAAAGAAUAG